AUGGCUGGAUCUAGCAUGGGUGAGCUUCGAGCUCCCAUCUUCAAUGGAAGCAACUAUGAUUUCUGGAGAAUAAAGAUGUGCACAAUCUUCAAAUCUCACAAGCUGUGGGAUAUGGUUGAGAAUGGGUAUGAGCAACCUACUGUGAAGAAGGAAGAAGGAGAAACUCUGACUACAGCUCAAAAGCUUGCUUUGGAAGAGAACGUUGCAAAGGAUGCUAAAGCCUUGGGUCUGAUACAAGGUGCAGUCUCUGAUGACAUUUUCCCCAGAAUUGCAUUGAAAGAGUCAGCCAAGGAACCAUGGGAAAUCCUGCAACAAGAAUUCAGAGGUGAUAAGAAGGUGAGAUCUGUGAAACUUCAAGCUCUUAGAAGAGAAUUUGAAUACACUUGUAUGCAUGAUGAUGAAUCAUUAUCUGGAUAUAUCACUAAACUGCUGGAGUUGGUAAAUCAAAUGAAGGCUUAUGGUGAAGAGUUAACUGAACAGAGAAUUGUUCAUAAACUCUUGACCAGUUUAUCUAGAGAGUAUGAUUCUAUUGCUGAAGUUAUAGAGGAAACAAAGGAUACAGAAACUAUAGGGGUUCAAGAGGUUAUAGGCUCUCUAAAAUCUCAUGAACAACGGUUGAAAAGACAUAAUGAGAGAGUGACUGAGAAGGCUUUCUCUAGUCUGAAUGUGAGUUCUAAAGACCAAUCAAACACAGGACAAGCUGGUGGUUCCAAGUCUAAGAAGAAUUGGAAAUCUCAUAAAGGGAAGAAAUGGGAUACUAAGUCUGAAAAAAGUUCUAAGAAGGAAAAUCAGACUGAAGGAGCCAAGACUCCUUGUAAAACCUGUGACAAAUUGCACUAUGGUGUUUGCUGGUUCAAAGGCAAACCCAAGCGUUAUAAGUGUGAUAGGUUUGGUCAUAUAGCCAAAGACUGCAAGGGAAAAUCAGAUCAAGCUGCUAACUAUGCAUCACACAAGGAAGAAGAAGGCAAUAUGUUCUAUGCUUGUCAUGCUGCUGAAAUAGUGAAACAUAAUGGUGUGUGGUAUGUGGAUAGUGCUUGUAGCAACCACAUGACUUCACAAGCAUCCCUUCUAGUCAAUAUUGAUACCAAGGUCACUGCAAAGGUAAAAAUGGGCACAGGAGACUUAGUGCAAGCAACUGGUAAAGGCACUUUGGUUAUUGAUACUAAAGUCAGGCCUAGAUAUAUCAAAGAGGUUAUGCUUGUAUCGGGAUUGGAUGAAAACUUACUGAGUGUAGGUCAAAUGGUAGAGCAUGGCUACUAUCUGGUUUUUGGUGAUUCUAUGGUUGAGAUAUAUGAUGACAGGUCAAUGGAAAAUCUAGUGGCAAAGGUUUCCAUGACAGGAAACAGAUGUUUCCCACUCUCUCUAAAACAUGUGUUGAGGCCCAAAAUAUUCACAGUUCGGCCCAAAUAA